UACUCGGUACGGCUAUAUUUUGUAGACACGGAAGAAGACUACUUUCCAAGAUGGCGGGGUUGUGCGAUGUCCGCUUUUGGAACGUGAUUGUUAUGGGUUUUUCGUUUAUGUUUGUUUUCACAGCCUUCCAGACUACGUCUAUUAUAGAGCCAUCAGUCCUACAAGCAGCGAGAAAUGUUACAAAUGGAACUUUCACAGGUGACGGAUAUGUCAGUUUGGGCAUUGUCUAUUCUGUCUUCACAUUUUCCAACUGGGUAGCACCAUCUGUCGUUGGAUUUUUUGGUCCCAGGGCUUCUAUGAUAGCUGGUGGAAUCUGCUACUUGCUGUUUAUUCUAGCUCUUAUUGAACCCAAAACAUGGACAUUAUACCUUGGUUCUGUUAUCAUUGGAUUUGGAGCAAGUAUUAUUUGGACAGGCCAAGGAAACUUCUUGACAAUCAACUCAGACAAGGAGACAAUGCCCAGGAACAGUGGUAUAUUCUGGGCUUUGCUACAGUGCAGCCUUUUGUUUGGAAAUCUGUUUGUUUACUUCGAGUUCAAGGGUUCUACUAUAGAUGAUGCAACCAGAAGGACGGUCUUCAUUGUCUUUAGUGUUGUCUGUGGUAUUGGCAUAGGAAUGAUGUUUCUCAUGCGAAGAGUUCAACCCAGCACUAAACAGUUGACAACUCAUCAUGAGGAUGCACAUUAUAGAUCCGAGAGCGAUUCUUAUCAAGAUAACUCAGAUGCAUCUCCAAAGAAUUCAGGAGUCAUCCAGGCAUUUUUGACAUCAAUUCGCCUCUUCAUUACAAGAGACAUGAUGUUGCUGAGUUUGUGUUUUGCCUACACAGGGCUAGAGUUGACAUUCUUCAGUGGUGUCUAUGGAACAUGUGUUGGGAACACUCAACAACUACCAAAUUCAAAGAAGCUUAUCGGCUUAACUGGAAUGUUCAUUGGGGUUGGGGAGAUAAUAGGUGGACUUACAUUUGGAAUUUUUGGCAAGAGGACAAACCGGUUUGGCCGGGAUCCCAUCGUCCUGUUUGGACUGUUUAUCCACUGGGUUGCGUUCAUCCUCAUUUUUCUCAACAUUCCUUCUGAUGCUCCCACCGGUGGAACAAUGAAGGUUGCAUAUCUACAUGCUCCAAAUCAGUAUGUGGUUCUACUUUGUGGUUUUCUUCUUGGUUUAGGAGAUAGUAGCUAUAACACUCAAAUAUACUCCCUUCUUGGGUUUGCUUACCCUGAUGAUAGCGCUCCAGCCUUUGCUCUGUUUAAAUUUGUUCAGUCUGGUGCAGCAGCGAUAGCUUUUUUCUACAGCCUCAAGCUCCUGCUAGAGUGGCAGCUACUUAUUCUAGUAAUAUGGUCCCUUCUGGGUACAAAAGGUUUCUUCCUGGUUGAGUGGAAGUACAGAAGAACAGAAAGUUAUUCUCGCAUUCAAUGAUUGACAUCCUGUGAAGGAUUUGAGAUGAUUCUUGCAUCUUUAUUACUUAUGACCAUAGGCACAUCUUCAAGGGGAUGGGUUGGGUGGGGUCCACCUUUCCACUAAGACUUAUAGAAAUGCAUUGGCAGUAACUGGCAGCUCUUAUCUUAACUUAUGUUAAAGAUUAACCAUAAGUGGAUCCAACUGGAUUAUAGGUUGGGUGUGGGGGAGGUGGUUGGCAUUAGCAGUUUUUUGUCUUGAAAAAAGGUGUAUUGAUAAAGAGAGGCAGUGGCGUAGCCAGGAUUUUAAACAGGAGGGGCCUAAAAUUGACGUUCAAGGCAUUUUCUCCUGUAUUGUAGAUAAUGUCUCUUCCAUUUACUGUAUUUUUUGGCUGCUAAAGGAGGGCUACGCCCCUGAGAGAGGACCUAUCGGACCUAUCCCUCUAGGAGGACUUUCCAGAAAAGUAGAGGGGUGUUGUCCCAUCUUUUAGGAUAAGGUGUUGAAGGAUUUUUUCAAUUUUGCUAUCUCUUAAGGUAUAAAAUUCAACUGCUAUUCCUAAGGACGUGUUUAUUGUUUUUUUGCUGAUUCUGUUAUCUCUUAGGGUUAAAAAUUCCUUUGACCACACCCAAUUUACUAUUUGCUUUUAGGGGUACGGAUUUCUGUUGACCACACCAAAAUGCUAUCCCUAAGGGUUUAAAUUGAUUUUGCUGACAAUCACCCCCAUAGUAGUGUUAUAUUUUGUAUGCUCUUUAGUGGAAGGGAGAGAGGGAAGGUUUUGGAAAAUACUGGCUCUAGAGGGGCACUUUUUCCCCACCUCAAAAAGUGUGGGUAUGGUACAUAUAGAGACAAAUAAACUUACAGUUCUUAUAACCUUUUCAUUAAUAUAUAUAUAUCAAUAUAUUUUAAACAUAGUGAUUUUUUUUACAGUGGAGCAUCAAUGCCUGCAUAAUUAAACAAUGUCAAUUACCCAUUGUUUAUCAUUGAAAAUUCAGCCGUUCAUUUGCAAGAAAACUUCAAAAUAACAAUCUAAAAAUGAAGGCUGAUAUGUUAUUGACAAUAUAUGAUUUAUAAAUAUCUUGGUUACUCUAUUGAAUUAUACGAUGAAAAUGGAUGCUUUGUGUCACUCGGGAGAAAAAAAACAUCUGACUUUGGGGAGAAAAGUGUUGACUGGCCCUCCCCUUGUGAAUUUUUCCCUGGAUCUCCCAGAAUGCUUUGCAAUCCACAAAGGCAUCCAAGUGGUUUUACAAGCCUUCAAGGAGUAGACAUUGUUGUAUUGAGGUCAUGGAAAUGAACCUGGAGGAUCAAAAUAAAGGUAUCUAUUUGUGUUUUGA